GUAUUAAAAAUUUUUGUGUGCACAGCCACACAGAAUGUUUGGUCACAUGAUAUGUUCACCUGACAAAUUCACAGUAUUCAUUGAGGAAAAGUUUGCUGAAAACUUUCUGAAACUUUGCUCUAUAUUCGGUUAAACAAAAAUUUUAAAAAAUGAAAAUCUGUGGUCCUAAACUAUCUCUUUGUGGUCUAAUUAUCUCUGUUUGGGGUAUUGUCCAAUUGGUUCUAAUGGGUCUAUUCUUCUACAUAAAUAGUGUAGCCCUUAUUGAGGACUUACCGCUAGAAGAGGAAUACCACUCUUUGGAAGAUUUUUAUGCAGCAGCAAAUAGAGCAUACAACCAGAAUGCCUACAAUUGCUGGAUUGCAGCAUGUAUCUAUGUUUUGACCUUGUUGCUAUCCGCCCAGCAAUUCUACAUGAAUAGCAGAGUAACUGCUAACUAAUAAUUUGAAAUGUAGUUACCUAACUACUUAAAACUAGUAUUGAAAUUUUCGCUUCGAUAUAUUUGUUAGAAGUGUUUUUCUUGUAAUAAAGUUAAAGUUCAAUUUAUAUACUGUAGAAUGCUUAAUGCAUUAAGGGUUGAGAUGUGGUGUUUGUGUUUUUAAAGAUCCAUUAAUUUCAUUUCCUUUAUUGUUAUUGUAUUCGAAACUUCUUUUAAGAAUUUCGAUAAAUAAAGCUACUGCCCUUCGCAUCAGUCAUGAAA